GUCGCUAUAGAUCUCUUACUAAAUGUAUGUGAAUUGACGUAAUGUGUGCGUAUUUUUGAUAGCGUGCAUAAAAAAACCGCGAUAAUUCAUAAUAAAAAAUGGAUACAUCAAAUGAUUCAAAUGUGUAUAGGUUAGAAGGAACUGAUAAAAAUCAAGUAGGAGGUUUGAUUAUUCGAAAAAAGUCUUCUGAUCAUACAUUUAAAAAACCUCAAGUAUCUGUUUUGGGUCUUGAUAAGCUUGCAAAACGAAAAAGACAAGAAAAUUUGCAAGAAAAUAAUUUAAAAUCUAAGUCAAAUUCACCAAAAUCAGAAAUUAAAGAAAGGAAAUAUCGAUCUUAUGCUGAAGAAACUCCAACUCAUACUGGAGGAGUGAAUUCUGAAGCACAACAAAGAUUAGAAGCGCGAUUAAAACAUCAAAGAUUAAGUGCACAGGACAAACAUCAUAAACAUAAUUAUAGAGAUAGAGAUAGGCAUAGAGAUAGAGAAAGAAGUAGAAGUAGAGAUAGUAUUAGGGAUAGUAAUCGACAAACACCUUUAAGAUUUAAAGAUGAACCGCAAACUCCAAUAUUUAAAACAAAAGAUUCAACAUCCAGAAGUAAUUGGGAUGAUGAUGAAGAUGAAGAACCAAGAAAAUCCAGUUGGGAUCAUCCAACACCUAAUAUUUAUAAUAGUAAAGAUGGUCGAGAUAGUAUUAGAAGUGAAUUUACACCUUCAUAUAAAUAUAAUUCAUGGAAUAGAGAUCGAAAAGCUAGUGGUGCUACACCUAGCAUUGAGGGAGAGGAAAAAGAAUUGUGGGAAGAAGAGCAACAAAGAUUAGACAGAGAAUGGUAUGGUUUAGAUGAUGGAGAAAAUCAUGCAUUUGCUGAUGUAUCUGAAGAAUAUACACGUAAAAAAGAAAUGGAGUUAGAAGCAAAGAGACAAAAACGUCUUUCAGCACAACAAAGACAAAUUAACAAAGAUAAUGAAUUAUGGGAACGCAACAGAAUGUUAACAUCUGGUGUUGUAAGUUCUUUAGAUCAUGAUGAUGAUCCUGAUGAUGAAGGGGAAACCAGAGUACAUCUUUUAGUUCAUAAUGUUGUUCCACCAUUUUUAGAUGGUCGAAUUGUAUUUACUAAACAACCAGAACCUGUUGUACCUGUGCGUGAUCCUACUUCUGAUAUGGCUCUUGUAGCAAGAAAGGGAUCAGCUUUAGUACGUGCAUAUCGUGAACAAAAAGAAAGGAAAAGGCACAAAAGAAACAUUGGGAACUAGCUGGAACUCAUAUUGGUAAUAUCAUGGGAGUACGUGAUAGACAUAAAGAUGAUAGAGAAGAUCCAGGACAAGAAACUGAUUUUAAAGCUGGUCAAAAAUAUGCUCGUCAUAUACGAAAUGAUGAAGUUACUGGAGAAG